GAGGAGGAAGUCAAGUUAACAAAUACACCAAAGCAGGAAGCAGGACAACUGGCAGUUGAUAUAAGUAUGAGUUUAGAAGACAAAGAGGAAAAUCAUAGAGAAUCAAUGGAUGUAUCAACCAAUACAGGGGUAGUUUGUACAGACACGAAAAUGAAAUACGAGGCGGGAAAUAAGGAAAAUGAAGACCUUGAUAAAAAAGAUUCAAGAUGUAAAAGCAGAAAAUGAUAACAUUGCGACCACUUCUAACGAAACUGACCAGGAAAAUGACAAGAAAAAGAAGAAAAAGAAGAUGAAGCUUCCAAGUUGUUUUGGUUUCAUUUCAACUUGGAUAGCCAAAAGGAAGGAGAAAAGACGUCAAAAGAAAAAGAAGGCUAUAGCAAGCCGCGCCCCCACACCAACGCUAGUUCAAUAUGAGCAUAGAAAAUCACGUGGCGGAGAGUCUUUUACCAUUGAGGUAGACUGCAAACCGAUAGUGAUGAAGCCGAUAUUGCCGCCAAUAAAGACAGCUGACGGGCCUAUACGCCUAGCAUGUGAGGCUCGGCAAGAGAAAGCCGAGGCCAAAAGAAAUGAGGAGUUAUCCAAAAAGAAAAUACUGGCAAGAGAGCACCAGAGAAAAAAAACUGAAUGCAAGCAGCGAAAAAACGAAGCCGAACACCAGUUUCAGGAAAGAGUGCGACUCAGUAUCAGCCAUAGACAGGCAGACGCUGAACGAAAUAGGAGCCGCAUGUCGUCUCAAAGAGCCAGUAUGAGCCGGAUGUCAUCCAGAGCAAGAAGCUCACUGGCUGUUUCCUCCUCUUCAGAGUCUGUCGACGAGGGCAAUAAGAAAGCCCUCAAGGUCGACAGCUCUCAUUAAAUUUUAGGCCGGCCGACACUCCCUAUAAAUAGUAGGCCACAUACAUUAUGUUAUUGUCACGUGAUAGGACGUUUUCUUGACAUAAACUACAAAAAGCAACUUAAUCCUUUUUCCCUUACUCAUUUUUAAUUUUAUAAUGUAAUUUUUUUUUUCAUUUUAUUAUCAGAUGACCAUCUUUUCUCGCCGUUUCAGUCUUUACUUUUUCGUUAUCCUUCUAUACGAAUUUCAAAUAAUGCUGUGUGUAACUUAUGUCCAUGACAAUAUAUUCAGAUAAGCAUUUAUUUUCAGUUUGUCUUUACUUUCUUCAUUUUUAAACUCUUGUUUUUGGAAAACAAGCUAAUAUCAUUUCGCUCUUAGUCAUGUUAAAUUUUCAAUUGACCAAAUUCUGUGAAAUUUCAACACACUAGUUAUAUUUUAGAUCUAUUUUCAGAAGUAAUACAAAGUCGAUAUAUUAUUUUAUCUAAAUGAUUAACUUUACAAAGUUUACAUUUAUCUUCCUUAAUUAAAAAUAACAUCUUUGUUUUAAAAUCUUUUUGACAACCUGACCAUGAUGAAUAUCAUCUGCCUUGAUCAAAAUAAAAAACAACAACAUAAAACCAAGAAAAAUAAGUAUCAAAUCUACAUUUUGACCUUGAUUUAUCAAGGUCAAGUAUGAUGAUACUUACCAAAAAUAUCUCAUCUCAUUUUAUCAUCCAAUCAUCCAUGUAUUCAUCUAAAAUUUCCAAGAAACAAAGCAAUGGUCUUUUACAUACAGUUUAAGAAAACUCUAAACCUUUUAAAAAUGCAUUUUUUUAUCAUACCCUACGUGUAAAUUUCAUUCAAUGAUUUGUUAUAUUUUCUAAGUUUCUUUAUUUUCAUUUUAAGAAUCGGUUAGUAAGAUCAUUACGUAUAUUUUUGGACAUUCUCAUCUUAGCAACAAGGAGAUAUUUUCGACUUAUACUAUGCAUACUAUCUAACUGUUUUUUUUUUUUUUUUUUUUUUUUUUUUUUAACAAUAAAGUUUAAAUUUACACUUUUUUGAUAAUUAUCAUAAUUAUGUUAACAACCUAACCAUGAUGAAUAUCAUCUGCCUUGAACAAAAAAAAACAAACAUAAAACCACGAAAAAGAAGUAUCAAAUCUACAUUUUGACCUUGAUUUUUCAAGGUCAAGUAUGAUGAUACUUAUCAAAAAAAAUCUCAUAUUAUUUCAUCAUCCAAUCAUCCAUGUAUUCAUCAAAAAACUUCAAGAAACAAGGCAAUGGUCUUUUACUUACAGUUUAAGAAAACUCUAAAUCUUUAAAAGAUACAUUUCUUAUCAUACCCUACGUCAGGCUAAAUGUACAUUACAAUAACUGGUUUAUUAUAUUUCCUAAUUUUCAUUCAUUUUUCAAAAUAUGGUUAGUCUGACAGCCCACACAUCAUUGCGCAUAUUUUUGGACAUUAUUAUCUUAGCAACAGGGAAAUAUUUAUUUAUAAACACUAUACUUACUAUCUUAACUGUUUUUUUUU